AUGAGUAUCAAAGAGUCAUUUAAGUAAGCAAGAAGUAAAUCUUAUGCAACAUAGAAGUAAGCAGCAGAAAAUAUAGGCAUUUAAAGAGGAUCAGUCCUUUUUACUAAAGAAUUCAAUAAUAGUCAAAUAUUUAAGUAAAACAAUAACAAUUACCUCUCUCAGCAGCCUAAAGCAAUUGAUUUGAUUUAGAAAAAAAGAAAUUAGAAGAAUAGUAUUGGAUUUUUAGACUCUGCAGAAACUCAGCCUUCAACAAGAGGAAAUACAUUUUAUCAUAAAUCACAUGAAAAUAGAGCGAUGGAGAAGAAUAAUAGUUAACCAAAUGUAAAAUAUUAAACUCUAUAAUAAACUAUACCAACUGGAAAUUUAACGACACAACCUGAUUCUAUUUAUGAAAGUGUAGAGGCAAUUUAUCCAGAGUUUAAAAAGAAAGUACUGUUAAAAAGAUAAGCAUAAAAAACUGAAUAUGAAAAAGAUAGCGAAGAAGCAAUACAAAGAUUCAAAACAGAAAUGUAUUAAAAUGAUAAGUUUUUGUAUAAAAGCUAAUAACAGCUAAGAGAAAUUGAAGAGAAAGAAUAAUAUGAGCUUUUUAAAAAAGAGAUAGAAAUUUAAUAAAAAAUAUUAAAAAAUAAAGAAGAUCUUUAAAAAUCUGAGCUUCAAGUCAAGCAAUGGCCAAAUAUUUGGAAAAUGGUUCGCCAUUUUCAAGAAACAUAAGCACAAGAUGUUGCAGAUAUGCUAAAAACUAAGGAUUUUUUAGAUGAAUUUGAUCAAUAAUUUUAAAAUUAAAAACAAAUAUCUGAAAAUGCAAAAUAAAUCUAAGGUUUGAGUGAACUCAAAAAAAAUAAAGGAUAUGCUCACGCCACAAUAUCUUCUUCUAAUCUUAUUAAAACAUUAUAGAACGAAAACAAUCCAAUUAAUAAAAACAAUGGAAAUAAGUAAAAAUAGAAUAUACAAUCUUUCUUAGAGAAAGAAUGCAAGAAAGCAAAAAUGAUGGCAGAAGAACUUGAAAUAUAGCAAAUAUUUAGAAAUGGAAUUAAUACCGAAAACGCAAACACAUUUAGUGAUGUCAAUAAAAUAAAUACUAAGAUAAAAAAGUAUUGUAAACUUAUCAGACCAAAAGGAGCUAGUCUUUCCAGCAAAGUUGAAUAAAAGUUCGUGGAUAAUAAUAUGAAGUAUUUUUUGAUUUCCAGUACUAUUGAUAUUGAUUAAACUUAAAAAAUAAUGUUUAAACAGUAAUUUGAAAAAAAUAAAACACUGACUAAUAACUUUGGAAAUUCAAGUUAGGUUUAAAUACAAUCUAAGGUAAUGUAAGAAUUUUAAAAGCAGAAUUUAAAUAACAAAAACAACGAUGACUACUUAAAUGAUAAUGUUAUUCUUUUUCCUACUGAAAUAGAUUAAAUUUUAUAAUCCUAAGAGUAUUAAGACUCUCCAAAAAGCAAAACUCAUCAUAGUAAUUAAAAAUAAGGUAAUUUUUUAGAAAGUAUACAAUAGAAUAACUUGUAGCAAACGAUACAGGAAGAAAAUAUUUAUGAAAAUUUAUCAACUCCUCCUUCAAACACUGAGAGAAGAAUUAGUAUUCCAAAAAUUGUUAAUGGCAGGAUUACACUGGAAGUAAAAAGGUUCAUUAAAAAAAAUUUGCCUCAGACAAAACAUUUUGUUCAUUACCGAUAAAGAAAAGACAAGAGAUCUAUCUCCAUGAAUACUCAUAAAUUUCCAAAAUAUGAUGAUCAGGAAGCCCACAAAUUAGAUUUAACAUGUACCAGAGAGUAGUAGAGAAGUAUAAAUAUUAAUAAAAGUGUAAAUGAUUGGGGAUCUUAAUUCAGAACAAUAAAUAGCUCAAGUUACCAUCAAAGAAGUACUUCUGUGAUAAACAGUAGAUAAGAUUUAUAAAGAAGUUAAAUGCAAAGUAGGUAGGGUACUUCUGUUUAGUUAAAAACAGAAGGUGAUUAAAAUUAAUAGUUCUUUAAUGAGAGCUAGUCUAAAAUAAAUGAAAUACUUCUAAGUUGUGCAAAAGUCAAGAAUGAAAAAUACAAUGAUGAAAUAGAGAGAGAGGAAUAUUCUUAAAAGAGGACUGCUAAAGACGUAAUAAAGGCUAUGGAAAAAUUGAGAGAUAAUAAAACAGAAAAAAUAAAGACAAAGUUGCUGAAUUAGUCUGAAUUAAUUGAAAAAAAUGAUAUUGAAAUGCUAGGUGAGGGAUAAAAAGUAUUAAAUUACUUAGAAGAUCAAAUAGUUUAAAGUAAUUGGGGUAAAAAAAUAUAAAAUUAAGAGUUAGAGUAUAAAAAAGACUUAAUCAGAUAAAAAAUGCUUUAAUCUUAAAAUGGAAAUGUUAUAAAAGCUUCUUAAGUUUCUCAAAUACAUAAAAAAAAAUUAGAAAAAAAUAAGAUAUAAUAGAAAUGCUUUAUUCAAUCUUAAGAAAAGCAACUUUCGAAAUACAUAAACUUUGCAGAUUACAUAGGAUACAAAUGA